AAGUUCACACAAAUUUGACUUUUUCCAGGAAUUUCGCUCACAGCCCAUGCUAGCCAUUUUCUUCAUUUGUAACAUCGAAAAUACAGUGUAAUCCUCCUCUAUUAUGUCGCUUUCGAACUUUAAUCUGCAGGCCAAGGUCCUGCUGCACCCUCUGGUGCUGUUCCAGAUUAUCGAUGCCUACGAGCGUCGCGCCAAAGACGUCCCAGAGGUGCUGGGAACUUUGUUGGGCACCGUCGCGGGCAAAACAGGCCGCAUAGAGAUCACCAAUUGCUUCAGCGUGGUGCACCGCAUGCACGGGGACAACAACUGCCACAUCGACCUAGAUCUGAAGUACGACAACGAUAUGCUGGAGCUGGCGCAGAUCGCCUAUCCGCAGGAGAAGGUUGUGGGCUGGUUCAGCACCGGCAAGGCCGUCUCGGCCGCAGCAGUGGAGCUGCACGAAUACUACGAGCGUCAGUGCCACAGCGGGCAGCCGCUGCAUCUGCUGAUGGACACCUCGCUGCGGGGCCAGCGCAUGAACACGCGCAUCUUCUGUCCCGUAGCGACGGGCGUGCCAGGGGGCACCAAGGGCCUGAUGUUCUCGCUGCUGCCGAUGGAUAUCUACUUCGGAUCGCCGGAUAUUGUGGCCAUGCGCCACAUGGGGAGGCAGUGCGCACAGCCGCCCAAGGAGGCGGGCCGCCUAUUGCCAGAAUUCGUGCAAGUGGUGGACGCCACCAAGGACAUCCAGCAGAAGCUCGAUCUGGUGCUGCGCUACAUCAACGAUAUCCUCAACCGCAAGCGUCGCCCCGACAACACCGUGGGCCGUGCCCUGCACGAUGUUUUGACCUCGGUGCCGAUGGUGGAGGCGGAGCGCUUCCGUCACAUGCUCAACAACAAUAUGCGCGACGUCCUCAUGUCGAUGACACUCUCCUCGAUGAUCAAGACCCAGCUGCAGCUCAGCGAACGGCUAUCCAAUAUGGUGGAUGCUUAGGCUCUGAAAAUCCGAUCUCAAUUAAUCAAUAAAGCGCCGUUUUUCGGGGAGGGCUAUCCCGGCCGACACGUACUGCACUGCCAGCGAUAACUAUUAUCAGUUUUUUGCUUGGGCAUACAGCUAUGUACUUACUGUAUGUGUCUUAUCAGCGGCUAAAGCUCACUUUCUAUGAGGUUCGGUUCACAUGUGUGGAGGCCAAGAAUGAAGAUCUUGUGGAAAGUUUUUGUAUACCCUUGUAUUUUAUUGUUCAUAUGUUUGCAGAGGAGUUUCUUUAGAUUUGUACAUAAAACACUCUGCAGAAGCUUAGCCUUUCAAGGCUCGAAUAUCACAAAGAAGGAUCACUUACAUAUAAUCUA